AUGAGACAAAUCGCUUCUAAUAGCUGCUAGUUGGAGCCCUUCGGUGCUCCGCCGUCCAUAAAGUAAAUGGAUGACAUCUCAAGUUCUCAACUGCGUCCUUCGUCGGACCAGUUGCUCUAGCUCUUUAUAAUCUGCUUCAUUCUGUUUUUAGCUGAAGUCUUGUAUUGCUACUUCCCCUUUUCAUUCUCCCGUUACAGUAGUAUUUCCAUUUCUUCUUUUCAUCUCCACAAGUCUUCAACCGGCCAUGGCAUCCCAGUUUAACUUAGCACCCCAGUUUACUGAUGUAACUAUCUUCGAGGGAGAAGGCGGUGGAUACUACACUUGGUCAGCUUCCCUGUUUCCCUUGCUGAGUGAGGCUAAGUUAGGUGCUGGUAAGCUUGUCUUGCGUCCUCGGGGUUUCGCUCUACCCCAUUAUGCUGACUGCCACAAGAUCGGUUACUUUGUUCAAGGUAGCGGUAGGGUUGGAAUCGUACUACCAAACAGCCCAAAAGAAGUUGUUUUAGCUGCUAAGAAGGGAGAUGCAAUCCCGGUGCCUUUGGGUUCAGUCUCGUGGUGGUAUAAUGCCGGGGAAGACAACUCUGACGUGGAAAUAGUAUUCUUGGGUGUAACUGCUCAAUCUUAUACUCCUGCCCAGUUUGACUAUUUCUUCUUGGCAGGAGUCCGGGGUGUUCUUGGGGGUUUCUCGACUGACUUUAUCACUAGAGCUUUCGAUCUCACCCAAGAUGAAUCAGACCAGCUCCUUAAAAGUCAAACUGGUUCUUUGAUUGUCAAACUUGCAAAGAAUCAAACGUUGCCAGAUCCAUGCAAAGAUGCUAACAUCAAUAUGUUAUACAACUUUGAAAGCGCAAAGCCCAGCAUCCACGUGAAUCAGGGCGGAUCACUUACCAUUGCUACUGCUGAAAAUUUUCCUUUUCUGAAGAAAGUGGGACUAAGUGCUAAUUUUGCGAGAUUGGAUCCGUUCUCCAUGUCAACCCCGAUGUAUGCCGCCGAUGCAUCCUUCCAAUUGAUUUUUAUCACCAAAGGCAGCGGCGUUGUUGAAAUCGCGGGAUUGGAUGGUAAGAAUGCAUUGGUAGCCAAAGUGCAGAGCGGGCAGUUAUGCGUCGUGCCUAAGUUCCUCCCUGUUGCCAAGAUUGCGGAUGAGGAAGGAUUGGAGUAUUUCUGUGUCGUCACAUCGUUAGAGCCAUAUUUUGCCGAGCUAGCUGGGGAAACAUCAGUUUGGAAAGCAAUGGAUCCCUCGGUGCUACAAGCUUCUUUCAACGUGGAUCCGGGGCUGGUGGAACUUUUCAACACCAAGAUUGGCAAGGGCAAAAAUUUUGUUCCUCCAAAGGAAUGAGUUGAGAAUUGGGACUUGAGGACUCCUACCUUUUUUUUUUAAUCGCAACGAUAAUAUUUUUAUAAUCUAAUCUAUUUUAAUUAAGGAGGGGGAGCCGAUGAGAGUAGAAACUCCAUCGAAGAAAGUCACUGAAAGCAGCCACCUAUAGUGACAAUUUGGUGGGAAGCAAGAGUUGAAUCCUUGACCUCCCAACACUACCAAGACUUAAAUGUUUGGCAGUGAUCACCAGGCCAGAGGGCCGGUGGCUAGGACUCCUAGCCUUUGAGGAUUUCUACCUCAAAGGCUACAAAAAGAUAUACAAGUAUCUAAAGACUAAUGAACUUUGGGAGGCCAUUUAAGUUGAUUUGUUGUAAUCUGCUUUAAUUAUUCU